AUGAAAGCUUUUCUCGAGAGAUAUAAUAAAAGAAAAGCGGCGGAUCAGUUGACACCAUCUCAAGCUCCUCAAAUAAGAAAUAGAUCCAAUGAAAGUACUUCGGAACAUCAUCCUCAUCCUAAAGAGUUGAACUUGACAAAUCAAUCAACACCAGCUCAAGCCCAUCAACCAAGUAAUGCAUCUGAAGAUAUUGGUACAUCAAAACAUUCUGUCAAUGAGUUUAACAUAGAAGACCUUCCAGGAGAUCCGGGACUUCGAAGACCAAUUUUAGAAUAUCAUCCUAAUGUUCGAGAUCGAGUGCGAAGACAUUAUUUGAUGCAAGGUCCUUGUCAACCAAAAAACUAUGUAUUUCCUAAAACGAUUUUCAGCGGUGUUAACCGAAAGUUCAAAGAGACAUGGUUCAAGGAUUAUCCCAGUUGGCUAGAGUAUAGUAUAGAAAAAGAUGUUGCAUAUUGUUUGCAUUGUUAUCUUUUUAAACCAGAUACUGGAGACCAAGCAGGCGGUGAUGUAUUUGUUGGUACAGGGUUUACUAACUGGAAGAAAAGAAGUAAGCUUAAACAACAUGUUGGGCGGACCAAUAGUGCUCACAACAAUGCUAGAAGAAUGUGUGAAGUUUUAUUAAAUCAACGACAACAUGUUGAUACAGCUUUGGUGAACCAAACACAACAAGAUCGGAUUAACUAUCGCACUCGUUUGAAUGCAUCAGUUGAUUGUGCUCGGUUUCUUCUACGACAAGGGUUGCCUUUUCGUGGUCAUGAUGAAUCUGAUAGUUCAAAGAACCAAGGGCACUUUAGAGAGCUUUUGAAGUGGCAUUCUGAUAAAGUUGAAGAUAUAAAAAAGGUUGUCUUGAAAAAUGCCCCAAGAAAUCAUCAAUUGACAUCACCGGAUAUUCAACAUGAUAUUGUCAAGGCGGCUGCGACUGAAACUCUCAAUAUCAUACUUACACAAAUUGGUGAUGCAUUAUUCUCUGUUCUCGUUGACGAGUCUCGUGAUGUGUCAGGAAAAGAGCAAAUGGCUAUCGUCUUGCGGUAUGUGAGAAAAGGACAAGUGAUUGAGCGUUUUGUUGGUGUUAAACAUGUCACUGAUACUACUUCUGCAUCACUUAAGGCAGCCAUUGAUCAAUUCUUUUCAGAGAAUGGACUAAGCAUAUCUAGCCUUCGUGGUCAAGGUUAUGAUGGAGCUAGUAAUAUGAGAGGAGAAUUCAAUGGUCUCAAAGCACUUAUUUUAAAGGAUAACCAGUCAGCGUUUUAUGUUCAUUGCUUUGCUCACCAACUUCAGCUAGCUGUUGUGGCUGUAGCCAAAAAUCAUAUCUUAAUCUCCGAUCUCUUCAUAUUUGUUGGUAGUCUGGUAAAUGUCGCUGGAGGUUCAUGCAAACGUCGUGAUUCUCUUCGAGAAAAGCAAGUGGCCAAGAUCAUUGAAGAACUGAAUGUUGGUGCUAUUUCAAGCGGGAAGGGGUUGAAUCAACAAACCACUCUAAAACGAGCUGGUGAUACAAGAUGGAGCUCUCAUUAUGGUACUUUGGUAAGUAUUAUCACUUUAUUUCCAUCUUUAGUUGAAUUGCUUGAAGAGAUAAAAGAGGAUGGAUUGUCCAGUGAUCAUAAACAAGAUGCAAGCAGGCUAUUAGACUCAUUAGAAUCAUUUGACUUUGUAUUUAGUCUUCAUUUGAUGAAGGUUUUGCUGGGAAUUACAAAUCUUUUGUCACAGGCAUUGCAAAGAAGAGACCAAGAUAUUGUGAAUGCAAUGAAGUUGGUUAAAGUGUGUAAGGAGCAAUUGCAAGACAUGAGAGACAAUGGAUGGGAUUCACUUCUAGGUCAAGUUGUUUCAUUUUGUGAGAAAUAUGAGAUUGAUGUUCCUAAUAUGGAUGAUGUUCCUAUUAUUCCAGGAAAAUCACGACGCAGAGCUCCAAAGGUCACUAAUAUGCAUAGGUAUCGGGUUGAAUUGUUUUCUACAGUCAUAGAUAUGCUACUUCAAGAGCUAAAUGACCAUUUUACAGAAACAACUACUGAGCUACUUCUCUGUAUGGCAUGUCUGAAUCCAUCUAAUGCAUUCUCAGCUUUCGAUAAGGAAAAAUUGAUUCGGCUUGCUCAAUUUUAUCCUCAAGAUUUUACUGCAGUAUCUCUCUUGGCUCUUGAAGAUGAAUUGGACACUUACAUAUUUGAUAUGCAAAGCAAUGAUCUGUUUAAAGAACUGAAAGGAAUUAGUGAGCUUGGAGAAAAAAUGGUUGAGACACAGAAAGACCAGGUCUAUCUGUUAGUUUACUUGCUCAUAACAUUGGCACUGAUUCUUCCAGUUGCAACUGCCACUGUAGAAAGAGCAUUUUCUGCCAUGAAGAUUAUAAAAAGUGAUUUGCGAAACCGAAUGGGAGACAUGUUGAUGAACGACAACAUGAUUACAUAUAUCGAGAAAGAUAUAUUUGAUUGUGUUGAUAAUGAGACCAUUAUGAAAAUAUUUCAAAAUAUGAGCAAUCGUCAUGGACAAUUAUAA